CUCCGUUGCAUAAUCCACUUCCUCCAUGUGCAUACAUAAUUCUCCAUCAAUCGAAGCUGGAACAAUAUCCUUCCGAACAUUGUAAUUUCGUGGGGUGCAAAAUAGUUUAACUUCUACACAAUGAGCACUUAAAAUGUUGUAGUACAUGCGUAUGUUCAUUUUUUAAAUGUGUGUUAGUGAUGGCUGAUACAAACAAUUAAGUGGAGGGUGAGAUUCAUGCAAGCAGGAUACAUCAGCAUUAUUCGAAGUUUUGAAUUCACAGUUUAUAUGCGCCUCUCACGAAGAUCAUCACAACGCCCAGCCACUUUUCUUGAAUGUGGUGACAAAAUUACGAAUAUAAACGAUGUUUUGUGGUGCUAUUACGAACUUCGUGCAGUGCACUUUCAAUCAUUACGCGACCAUUCACCACACUCUUCACAACCUACAUAGCAACUCUAGCAUGCUUACGUUCUUUGGCUUUUCAUUGCAUUAAAUUUACAUCAAUUACAAGCAUGCUUACAGAGUCCGGCAGUGGCUUUUGCCAGCUAAUGGCAUUCACGCACGAAGUCACUACAUCAGUACCAGCAUAAUGUGGUAGUGGCGCUGGCAGCAAUUGCAACUGACACUCAUUGGAAUUAAGGAUGCACCUAUUGCCCGCGUUGCGACUGGAUCGCUUUCCGUCGAUAUGAGUAUAAUGAUACUCAUGUUUCAGAUCUUUUGUGUUGGUAUUAUUCGCUGAGUACAGGAAGACUUGAGCAAAGACUGAUCCAUGAGCAUAUUUUC